AUGUAUAAAUCAAUCAUAUUAGUAUUCACUGCUACAAUCAUUGGGCUGUCAAUUGCAGUUGAUAAUGGACUAGGAUUGGUACCACAAAUGGGAUGGAACAGUUGGAAUCACUUCCAUUGUGAUAUUAAUGAAACUGUAAUUAUGGAGUCUGCAUUGGCAAUGGUAACAUCGGGAUUAAAGGAUGCUGGUUACCGUUAUGUAAACAUUGAUGAUUGUUGGGCUGUUGGUAGAGAUGAUAAUGGUGUCAUUCAAGCUGACCCAAUAGCAUUCCCAAAUGGAAUUAAAUAUAUUGCAGACUAUGUUCAUUCUUUAGGUUUAUUGAUUGGUAUUUAUACUGAUGCUGGUAUUUUAACAUGUCAAAAAAGACCUGGAUCUUAUGGAUACGAACAAAUUGAUGCUCAAACAUACGCUAGCUGGGGAAUUGAUUACUUAAAGAUGGAUUGGUGUAAUACUUAUCUUGAAAACCCACAAGAACGUUAUACUAUCAUGUCUAAAGCUUUAAAUGCAACUGGUAGACCAAUUUUCUUUAGUUUAUGUAAUUGGGGAAUUUCAGAACCAUGGAUGUGGGCAAUGGAUAUAGGUAAUUCAUGGAGAACUACCGGUGAUAUUGCUGAUACAUGGACUUCGAUGACUGUUAUUUUAGAUCUUCAAGUACCUAUUACUUCAUUCUCUGGAGUUGGUGGUUGGAAUGAUCCUGAUAUGUUGGAGGUUGGUAAUGGUGGUAUGACCACCACUGAAUACAUUUCACACUUUUCAUUGUGGUCUUUGUUAUCGGCACCAUUGAUUGCAGGUAAUGAUAUUAGAUCGAUUGACAAUACAACAUUCUCAAUCUUGACUGCUAUGGAAGUGAUUGCUGUCAAUCAAGAUACACUCGGUCGUCAAGGUUCGUUGAUCAAGUCGAUCAAUGGUAAAGACCAACAAAUCUGGGCUAAACCACUCGCCGAUGGAUCAAAAGCUGUCAUUCUUUUAAAUCGUAAUGAUAAUGAAAGUGCAACUAUCCAAUUGCAAUGGGGUGAUAUUUGGGAAUCCCCAUCUACCAGUCUCAUCGUUAGAGACUUGUGGGCUCAACAAGAUAUUGAUACUUUCACAGGUUCAUAUACCGCCACAAAUAUUCCUCCACAUGGCUGUGUAAUGUUAAGAGUAUAUUAA